AUGGAAUAUUUAACCGAAUUGGACCCUGCCGAUCCAGGAAAGGCAACCAGACCAAUCCUUCCUGGACUUACAUGGACUGAGCCAGUGGAAUACUGGGACUUCCAUGUCUACUACGAUGACAAAUCUAGAGAUGAGUCCAAUGCCCUCAAAAAAAGACUUUUGGCCGAUUUCCCCGAGUACGCUUCUGAAGGAGCAAUUAUAGUGAAGCAACUUCCAGUAGAAAAGGCCAUUGGCCCCCACUACGAUCUCUUCUGGGAAGUCGAUGCUGCUAGAGUGGAUGUUUUUGCCAAACUCUUGAGUUGGUUUGUUCAACAUCACGGAUCCUUAUCGGUUUUGGUCCAUCCUCAAACAGGAUUUGACCUCAAGGACCAUACAGAGCACGCCUUGUGGCUCGGAGAGAAAAAGGAGCUCAAAACAUUUGUCUUUCCCAACACACCGACCGAGAUUCCACCUUUUGGAGUCCGCAGACAGGCCGCUCCUCCAAGUCAAUAA